UGCACGUCCACACACAUUUUAAAGGAAUUAACUUCACUUUCAGGGAAGACGGCACCUAUCAAGUUGAAAAUCUUGCCUGCAAGUUGUGUUUGCAUACCGCGUGAUUUUAUUGAACAUGUGACUGAACUAGACGCUCACAUGGCUGCGGUGGCUGCAUGAUCCUCUUUAGUUCUUUAAAGUCCGGUAAUCGGUAGCUCCCUCGGCAGCGACCAUCUGGAGCAGAGGACCGCUGAAAAACACAGCGCCUACCCGGACAAAUCAUGGCGAACAGCGGGCAGAAAGUUGUGCUGAUCACCGGCUGCUCCUCCGGCAUCGGGUUACGAAUCGCCGUCACGCUGGCCAAAGAUGAAAAGAAGCGUUACCAUGUCAUUGCCACCAUGCGGGACCUGAAGAAAAAGGACAAGCUGGUGGAAGCAGCAGGAGAUGCAUAUGGCAAGACGUUGACGUUGCUUCCACUAGAUGUGUGCAGUGACGAGUCUGUCAAACAGUGCAUCAACAAUGUAAAGGACCGCCAUAUAGAUAUCCUGAUCAACAAUGCAGGUGUGGGCUUGCUGGGACCUGUGGAAAGCAUCAGCAUUGAGGAGAUGAAAAAAGUAUUUGAGACCAACUUCUUUGGUGUUGUUCGCAUGAUCAAAGAAGUGAUGCCAGACAUGAAGAAGAGGCGGUCAGGACACAUCGUGGUCAUGAGCAGUGUCAUGGGUCUUCAGGGAGUGGUGUUCAAUGAUGUUUACACUGCCUCUAAGUUUGCCAUGGAAGGUUUCUGCGAGAGUAUGGCCGUGCAACUGAUGAAGUUCAAUAUCCGGUUGUCCAUGAUUGAGCCUGGCCCAGUGCACACAGAGUUUGAGACAAAGAUGAUGGAGGAUGUAGCCAAAAUGGAGUAUCCAGGAGCAGAUGCUGACACAGUUCGUUAUUUUAAAGACGUUUACCUGCCAUCUUCCAUAGAUAUAUUUGAAGCCAUGGGCCAGACGCCAGACGACAUAGCCAAAUGUCUUAAAAAGGUUAUUGAGUCAAGCAGCCCUCGCUUCAGGAAUCUGACCAACAGCCUCUACACACCCAUUGUGGCCUUAAAGUAUGCAGAUGAGACUGGUGGCCUGUCAGUCAACACCUUCUACAAUCUACUCUUCAAUUUCGGUCCUCUCAUGCACAUCACCAUGAGCAUCCUCAAGUGUCUGACAUGCAGCUGCUUGCGUAGACGCACCAUCUCACCUAACUGAAGAGGGUGUCCAAUCCUGUCCCUUUCCCUUACCUUCCCAGUUUGUUGCCCCGAACCCAGAUCUUUUUGGGCUAAGCGGGUAGAGUAGAGCCAGUAACCCUGGAGAGACGACACACCUUUAGUUCAAAGACACUACCAUGAUAAGCUUUGAAAGCAAACAUGCACAGUUGCACAAAUUUGUCACAGAGGUACGCAGGUUGACCUCACGUAUUCACACAUUCACAAGAAGCAUACAUACACAGAAACAAAGAAAUAUAAGCAAGACGCGCAUUGGAUAAAUGUAAACAAAGGCCAUGCCUUAGUCAUUGCUUUAUGGGAGGAACUGAGCAGAGUUGUAAGUGGUUAGAUGUAAAUAUUGUUUUAAAUACACAGACAGGACAUGAGAUAUGAGCCCCAUGGACAGAUAAAGCACAAAAAUGAACUCAGUUACAGAGAAAAACAUUAAAGUUAUAGAGAAGUAAUAAUGCUAUAAUUUGUAGCCUAGAUGACUAUACACCAAGGCUCACCAGAGUUAUAACAUGUAUGACAAAAACAGAAAGAAUAUAUCAGCUUUUUUUUUUGUUGUUGUACCCUUAAUUUGAUGUUUUCCUUAACAUAGUGUUCUCAUGGUCAUAACUGCUGUUGAAUCAUAUUUUUAAUCUUUUGAUGAACUGAAUGUUUUGUUUUGUUUUUGUUUUGUUUUUUGUUUUUCAAAGGUUUGUGAAGGGUUGGGUCAGAUAUGUUUAAUCUAGCGUCUUGAUUUAGAAAUAAACAAAAUUCUGAUUUAUCCUAAAA